AUGGCCAUGCGCGGACGGCGGACGCUUUGGAUCGCUGUAGUGGGCUGCGUAAUAUGGGGCCUCAGCCCUGGCAGCCUUAGCAGCCAAGACCCCGAGAACUGGGUUGCACCCGGCCAGAGGAGCACCAGCCCCCUAGCGCGAAGAGCCAUGGGCUUUGCUGACACCACGCCUGAAAGCCGUAAGCGGAAGAAGCCAGAUCUCGCGCAGCUUGAGGCAGACCAUGGGGACAAAGCGACCAUCGUGUCGAAGAUUCUGAAGGGUCAGGCAGCACCAACACCCGAGGACAUGGUCAGGGCUCGCUAUUCUGCUUGUCGCCUCAAGGACGCUGUGUUCAUGGCAAAGACAGAGAAGGAUCCCAUGAAGAAAAAAAUGUCUAACAGGGUCCGUGCGUGGGCACUCUGCUUUGGCACUGAGAAGCCAGACGACUUCGAUACCGACGCGGGGGACGCCUCCAAGCUCCGUGAUUUGGAGCGCCUUGAGAUCAUCCAGGCGAACGGGAACGAGGUGGAGUUCAAGCUUCACUGCAAGCGCGGGGUCCUGCAUGAGCGGUCAGUUAUGGAAGAGGAUGAGAAAUAUGGCUGGAUCUACUCCGGCGAGUCUAAGAUGGACGCAUGGGAGUGA